GGCUCAUUGACCUGGGCUAGGCCUACCGCUCAACACCGUACCCAGGAUGUCAGGUAGGAUGCGAACGGAGGUCAUAGGACGAUAACCGUGCGGAAGGCCGCUGGGAAGCAUAUAUCCAUUACGGUAACAGGAAAACACCCGUGAACACGACUGCCUUCCGAAACGACCACAGCAAGAUGCCAACUUAUGUCGUUACAGGAGCAAGCAGGGGUAUCGGGCUAGCUAUUGUCGAUGAACUGUUGAAGGACGAAAGCAACAUCGUUGUCGCAGCUGUGCGGGAUCGGAAUGCUCAGGGUCUGCAAGACGUUCGCUUGAAGCAUCUCGACAGUCGCCUCGAAGUUGUUCAUCUGGAUCUCGGAGACCCCGCCAGUAUCCGUCAGGCCGCUGCCGAGGCGUCGGGCGUCCUCGAGGGUGGUCUGGACUACCUGAUCCAUUGCGCAGGUGUCAGCUUACAAGACCUCACGCCUUUUGAACAAGUAGACCUUAAGCUGCACGAGGAGCAGCUUCGUCUGAACGCUGUUGCCCCCAUCGAAGUGAUACGCUCCUUCCUUCCGCUCAUCAGGCAAGGAACGGGCAAGAAGAUCACGCUCCUGUCGUCGGGACUUGCGUCUCUGCAGAACGCCCCCUACCUACCGGGGUAUUGCGAGAGCUAUUCGGUAUCAAAGGCGGCCUUGAAUAUGUUAGCUCGCAAGUGGGGCGCGUCGCUGAGAACAGAGGGAAUCACGACUAUCUUGGUUCAUCCGGGAUGGGUCGACACGGACAUGGGCAACUCAACCAAAGGCUGGAUGUCAGAGCGCUUUCCGCAGGUCAAGCAAAUCUCGCGCUUGGAGUCUGCAAUUGGAUGCCUGCAGGUUUUGAACGAUGCGAAGCUGGAGGAUGCGGUGUGCUACUACGCUUGGGACGGCAUGCGACUUCCUUGGUGACUAAAUGCGUCAUUCUGUGUGUAUUACUAUCAUCGUCGAGACGUAUUCGAACGGCAUGCGCCAGCUAUCCGUUCUCUGCAUUGUCGUAC